AAGCCGGUCGAGCAGUCUUUCCGGUGUAUCAGCCGGUAAUCGGUGCGUUGUUUUGAAGAAGCUGACGAGAGAGAGGCUGCACGUUAACAACCGAGAGACGCAGGACACGAUUUUUCAGGAGCUGGUGUUAGCUAGUAGCAGCUAUUGACUAGCCGCAGCAGGAAGAUAACCCAGCAGACGCAUUAAAGAAAUGAGUGUGCAACAGAAGCUAUAAAUGCACCGAGUAACAACCAAGCUUCUGAACAUUACCUCGGUAUGAUAAGCUUUACAGAAAUAGCUGACUGACAUGUUACAGAAGGUACACUAACUUUGCCACCGUUAGCCAGCCAAGUUACUAGCCUGUCUGUCUAGAAACUGACCCUGUUGCUUUUUUUUUUUUUGACUCAGUUCCGAGCAAACUAAGGGGUGUUUUUUUUUUUUUUUUUUUUUUUUAGCUGCCAAGCAAACUAGAGGUUAGUACACAGUUUGAGAAAGGCGUUUAGGAUAGUUCUUGUAAUGGCUCCCAAAAGAAGACCCGUUCCCCUGAACAUCAGGCCCAUUGGGGAGGGACAGGCCACUUCUAACACCAUUGAUGCUGCAUCAGAAGCAAACCUUGAGGCCUUACAGAAGAAACUGGGUGAGCUGGACCUGGACGAACAACAGCGGAAACGACUGGAAGCCUUCCUCACCCAGAAAGCUCAGGUUGGGGAGCUGAAGGACGAGGACUUUGACCCAAUAUGUGAGCUGGGUGCUGGGAACGGAGGAGUUGUCAACAAAGUCCGCCACAAACCCUCGGGUUUGGUCAUGGCUCGAAAGUUGAUCCACCUGGAAAUCAAGCCUGCCAUCAGAAACCAGAUUAUCAGAGAGCUGCAGGUGCUGCAUGAAUGCAACUCCCCCUAUAUAGUGGGCUUCUAUGGGGCCUUUUACAGCGAUGGAGAGAUCAGCAUCUGUAUGGAACACAUGGAUGGUGGAUCCUUGGAUCAGGUCUUGAAGGAAGCCAGGAGAAUUCCAGAAGAAAUCUUGGGAAAAGUUAGCAUAGCUGUAUUGAGGGGAUUAGCAUACCUGAGGGAGAAACACCAGAUCAUGCACAGAGAUGUAAAGCCUUCCAACAUCCUGGUGAACUCGCGUGGGGAGAUCAAGCUGUGCGACUUCGGCGUGAGUGGCCAGCUCAUAGAUUCCAUGGCCAACUCCUUUGUUGGAACGCGCUCCUACAUGUCGCCGGAGAGACUGCAGGGCACCCACUACUCUGUUCAGUCUGACGUAUGGAGCAUGGGUCUGUCCCUUGUGGAGCUGGCAAUUGGCCGCUACCCCAUCCCCCCACCAGACACCAAAGAGCUGGAGGGUAUCUUCGGACGGGCCGUUAUGGAUGGGUCCGAGGGAGAGCCUCACUCAAACAUGCCGAGGUCUAGACCCCCAGGCAGACCCGUGAGCGGACAUGGGAUGGACAGUAGACCUGCCAUGGCCAUCUUUGAACUUUUGGACUACAUUGUGAACGAGCCGCCCCCUAAACUGCCACAUGGAGUCUUCACCAAUGACUUCCAGGACUUUGUGACAAAAUGUUUGAUCAAAAAUCCAGCUGAGAGAGCAGAUCUAAAGAUGUUGAUUAGUCACACAUUCAUCAAACGCUCAGAAGUGGAGGAGGUGGACUUUGCAGGCUGGUUGUGCAAAACAAUGGGCCUCAACCAGCCCAGUACUCCCACCCGCGGCACCGAGUGAACAGGCCCCCACUGCCCUGACACACCUCUCGGUCUUGCUUGAAUACACAUAAAUAUACCACACACACAUACACAAGCCAUUACACACACAUUGGCACUUUUUUCAUCUUGCUCUUAAGUAAAAUGGUUUUUGGCCUCUCCCUCCUUUUUCUCCACCAGCAGCAGGGCCCGUUGAGUCAUUGUGUACUGUAAGACCACAGCUUCACUAUGCCAGUGACGAGAGUAGCCACAGCUCACUUUUCCACAUUGCUACAGAGGAUGUAAAGCACUAAAGGGCUGCCAGUGUGUCAGCUGAAAUGCAUUGAUUGAAAAACUUAUUUUGUAUUGUUAAAUAAUCUGUAUUAAUCUUUUCUAUGGAAACAGAUGAUGGCCUGGGGGACUGUAUUUUAAUAAAUGACCUGCUGUAGUGGUAACCAUACAGAGAUUCCCAUCAUAGUACCUACUUGCAAAUUCUAAAUUGUUUUUAUUGAGGUCCAUGCAGCUAUUUUGAUUUGGAAAUUCCGAUAUCAAAACGUAUUCAUGCUAAAAUGUUCCCCUACGAAGACCUUGGAAUUACCUCCAAUAUGAUAAUUAAAUAUGUUUGUAGAGACUGCAAGACAACUGGACGCGUCAAGUGUCAUUUUCAUUUAUUGCUAAAUGAGAGAUCACUAAAAAUAAUUUUGAGGACAAUGUCACAAACCAAAGAGGGUACUCAUGAAUACUUAAGUUCCUCAAUGCCUGAUCAGUUUUUUUGUAUUCAUGAACAGUAUAUUGAUGUACUUGUUUAAUUUUUUUUUUUUCUUUCAGUGAUCUACACUCUGAAUGUGAUGACAUUGUUUCCACAGCAUACAUUUCAAUUAACAUCCAACAGUGUCUCUCACAUGGGAAGAGGCAUGUGCUGUGGAGGCCUGAUAUAUGCCAGAAUGUCUUUAUUGACAUUGAGAAAACAAUGCUCAAAAUGUAUUCAUGGGAUGAAACAGCAUGGUUUAUUAUCUACUUAUACUGUAUGUGUAUUUUAUUUCCCAAGAUCAUGAUGGGGAUAAUUAGCUGGUGUUUUUAUCAGAAGCCUGAAUCUCCCCAAUGUCAAUAUGAAAUGUCUAUCAGGUUGACUACUUUUACUUGUUUUUUUUUUUUCCUCUUUGGCGUUGGUCUGUCGUUUUCCCCUUAAGUGUAUUUGGUUAUGUUUUCAUUCUACUGCUACAAAUGACGCUCCAAGCUUUCUCUUUGGACACGUUCAGCCCAAAGGCUUCAAAAAGACAUGGGUAAAAGUAAAAUUGACAACCUUUUCCUUUUAACAAACGAAUUGAGCUUAAAAUACAAACAGGGAUUCAAGUGGAACUUCAAAAAGUCUGAGGUAGCAGAAAUGUUUUAAACAUUUUAACCUGGUCAGUGUUGGUCACGUGGUGGUGGUGGUGUUACUUGCUAGCCUGCCUUCUUGCUGGAGCUCUUGUAUUCUCUCUGCUUAUGGCUGCCCUUUCUUAUUCCCCCAGAAAAUGUGCAUUCGUUCAGAGCAAAAUGAAUGCAUUGUCACUUGUAUGUGUACAAAGCUAUAUACAAAAAAUAAUGGAGUACUAUUUUGCAGUCUUAAUUUACUUAUUUUUUUGAUUUAUGUAAAUGACAAGGGAGAAGAGUCAUUUUAUUAUAAUAUAGAAAUGUGUUGGAUAUGAUUAUAAUGUAUAAAAAAGAUUAAAAAUAAAACGUAUUUGUGAAUGUA